GUUAAAAAUUAAAUUUCAGGGGAGCCUGUGGAAUGGACAUGAAUCUUCGUGGAGACGGCCUGCGCACCUCCAGCAUGAAGCUAGCUCUCUUUCUUCUGUUACAUUUGCUCCUCCGCUUGAGUUCUUACAAGUGCGUUUUGCUAUCGGGUCAGCCUCAGGAGGAUCUGCUGGACCAUAAGUGCUUACUAAACAAAUACACGCACCGCUCCUGUAACAAAGUCUUCUGCCAGCCGUGGCAGAAAUGUGUCGACGGAACCUGUGUCUGCAAACUCCCUUACCUGUGCCCAAAGCAUGGCAUCCCAGUGUGUGCCACUGAUGGAAGGGACUACCCCAGCUACUGUCACCAGAAGAGUUUUGAAUGUCUUCACCCAACGACAAAGUUUUCAUACAAUGGAACAUGCACAACGGAAGAAAAAUUUAAUAUUUCCUUGCCUUACGGAACUACAAAGGCAGAGGGAAUUGUUCAAGUCAAACUUGUGGACCAAGAUGAGAAAAUGUUCAUCUGUAAAGAAAGCUGGAGCAUGACAGAAGCCAAUGUGGCCUGCUUUGACCUCGGAUAUCAACAGGGUGCUCUUGUCACACAAAGAAGUUUUAAUAUAUCUGAAGAGCUCCGUAUAAACUCCACUGAAUGCCUCAAUGUACGUUGCCGGGGAGUAGAAACCAGUUUGGCGGAGUGCACCUUUACCAAGAGACGAACUAACGGUUACCAGGACUUAGCUGAUGUAGUGUGUUACACACAGGAUGCAGAUUCUCCGACAAAUCAGUCCUUCCAGUGUGUGAAUGGAAAACACAUUCCUCAGGAGAGAGCCUGCAAUGGGGUCGACGAUUGUGGGGACCAGAGUGAUGAGCUGUGCUGUAAAGGUUGCAAAGAUAAUGCUUUCCAUUGUAAGUCGGGUGUUUGCAUUCCGAGCCAGUAUAAGUGCAACGGUGAAGUGGACUGCAUUACAGGAGACGACGAAGGCAACUGUGACGAAGCCAGACAUCCUCAAAUUCAUGAAAGCCUUGCACGCUCAAAUCCAGGCAAGUUUUUAUUAAAAUCUUGGGAUUCUGCAAAAACAGGAGAAGAAACUGAAGAAACAGAAGUUUUGACUGCUGAUAUGGAUGCAGAAAGACAACGGCUGAGGUCCUUGUUACCUAAACUGUCCUGUGGAGUCAAAAGGAACACACACACCCGAAGGAAAAGAGUGGUCGGAGGGAAGCCAGCAGAGGUGGGAGACUACCCGUGGCAGGUGGCAAUCAAGGACGGCCAGAGAAUCACCUGUGGGGGAAUAUAUAUCGGCGGCUGCUGGGUUCUGACCGCUGCACACUGUGUCAGACCCAGCAGAUAUCAGCAUUACCAAGUAUGGUCGGCAUUAUUAGACUGGCAGAGACUUAACUCUCAGUUGAAAGUUCAGAGAGUGAACAGAGUGGUUAUUCAUGAAAGCUAUAAUGGACGCACCUACCAAAAUGACAUAGCUUUGAUUGAAAUGAAAAAAUCUCCGGGCAAGAAAGAAUGUGAGCUCCCUCAUUCUGUCCCUGCCUGUGUCCCAUGGUCUCCGUAUCUAUUCCAGCCGAAUCACAAAUGCAUCAUCUCUGGAUGGGGUCGAGAGAAAGAUAACCAAAAAGUCUACUCACUUAGGUGGGGCCAAGUUAAGCUGAUAGGCAACUGUUCGAAGUUCUACCCAGACCGCUACUAUGAAAAAGAAAUGCAGUGUGCGGGUACCGAUGAUGGGUCCAUCGAUGCCUGCAAAGGGGACUCUGGUGGUCCCUUGGUCUGCCAGGAUGUCAACAAUGUGACUUAUGUUUGGGGCAUUGUGAGCUGGGGUGAAAACUGUGGCAAACCAGAAUUUCCAGGUGUUUACACCAGAGUAGCUAAUUAUUUUGACUGGAUUAGCAAUUAUGUGGGAAGAUCCCUUAUUUCUCAACACAAUGUCUAGAGCUAUGGCCUCUUUUCUACAUUUAUUAAUUCAGGAGUCGUGUUUUAAUUAAAAUGAAACUCUGUAAUUAGUUCUCAGAGCUAGCAAGAAGCAAGUCUUACCGGCCAGUUCGAAAGACUUCUUCAAAGUUUAUGUCAUUUUAGAAUUCUGUUGUGUAAUAUAAUAAACAUUUUGCUUAAGCAUA